GAAACACCAAGGGCCAUAGAGCGAGCCUGCCCAGAGCUACCACCACACUGACCACUCCAUCUCCUUCUCCCACUUCACCUUUAUCCUUCAGCACAAAUCCUCUUCCUCCUCUCUCCUGCUAGCUAAAGGGUGAGGGAGAACAUGCAUAUCCAAGAAGAGCAGGCCACGCCAUCCACGGACAUCAUGUGGGGUUUCUCUGGCCAGUCUACCUUGACUUCGACGACGGGGCUCAAGCUGAAGGAGCCGGCGCCGGCGGUGUCGUCUCCGGGCUCCGGCUCGGUCGGCGCUGCUGCUGCUUCAGAGAAGAACGGGAGAGGCAAGAUUGAGAUCAAGCGCAUCGAGAACACGACCAACCGCCAGGUCACCUUCUGCAAGCGCCGCAACGGCCUCCUCAAGAAGGCGUACGAACUCUCCGUGCUCUGCGACGCCGAGGUCGCGCUCAUCGUCUUCUCCAGCCGCGGCCGCCUCUACGAGUACUCCAACAACAGCGUCAAGGCAACCAUUGAGAGGUACAAGAAGACAACCAGCGACAACUCCAACUCAGCUGGUACGGUUGCGGAGGUCACCAUCCAGCACUACAAGCAGGAAUCUGCUAGGCUGAGGCAGCAGAUCACCAACUUGCAGAACUCCAACAGGACCCUGAUAGGUGAUUCUAUCGCAACCAUGAGCCACAAGGACCUUAAGCAGCUGGAGGCUAGGUUGGACAAAGGCCUGGUGAAGAUUAGAGCAAGAAAGAACGAAGUGCUGUGUUCUGAACUCGAGUACAUGCAGAGAAGGGAAAUGGAGUUGCAGAAUGACAACCUGUACUUAAGGAGCAGGGUUGACGAGAAUGAGAGGGCUCAGCAGACAGUGAACAUGAUGGGGGCGCCGUCGACGAGUGAGUACCAGCAAGGUUUCAUUCCUUAUGACCCGAUAAGAAGCUUCCUGCAGUUCAACAUCAUGCAGCAGCAGCCCCAAUUUUACUCCCAGCAGGAGGACCGGAAAGACUUCAACCUUGGUGGAAGAUAAAUGGAACUAUGGAGCUUCGGUUAUCUGUCACGUGCUUGCAAGUGAGGAAAUGGAGCGCUAUAUUGCUGUGGUCUGUGGAACUAUUUAUAAAAACGAGUACUACUGCUUUAUGUGUACGCAUGCACAAUUUCUUCAUCCCACCAUUAAGGCUUAAUUUAGCACCACCUAUGUGAUGUAAUUAAUCUCUAUUUGCAACUCGGAUCCUGCAUAUCGUUCGUGUUUCUAUAUGUAA